AUGGAGGAUAGUAAUAUCCUCGGUGAGGACCUUCCGCUCCCACCCGCGCGACUUUUCGAAAGACUGGCGCAACUGCCCGGUUAUACCUGGGAUCAGUCUAUCGAGCCCUUUCAUUCGACUUACAAUCACUGGCAUGUGUUCGGUCUUCGCCAUUCCUUGGAAUCCGAUGCGUCGACCCCUGCAGCAACUUCCUCGGGGCCGUCCAGUUUAGCACGACAGUCUCCGCGAACCGAAUCCCGUCCGCCAUUUCGUCAUCACUGGAGGAGUAGCUUGAGUGAGUCGAGCAGCGAAAUUUCGCUCUCACGCGCUGAUCAUGAGCCGAUAUGGAUCCCCGUCAUCGCCAGAGUUUCGUCCCACGUGGUGCGCUUGGAGCGCGAAUUCCAUAUGUUGAGGUCUAUUGUGCAGACAUCGGAUCCCGAUUGCAACCAUACAGUACGGCCGAUUGACCUCAUACGACUUCCACGAGAUGCUGGCGACGCCGGUCCCCUCCUGGUGGCCAUUUUCGAAUCCCCUGGCCCGAACAUGCUCCGGGAAUUUGUCGCGUUUGGGCCGGCCUGGUUUGCGAUGGGGAGCAAAAGCGACAGCAAUGAUUCUACACCAGGGGAGCAGGUUUCCCUCUCGAUGUUCCUCGAUUUCGCUAUUGGCGCCUGUGAUUGUCUCGAACUCCUCCACUAUGGAUUGAAAACGGUUCACGGCGAGAUUCGGGGGGACGCCUUUCAUUUCAAUCCGGAGACUGGAUCUGUUAAACUCACUCACACAGGGAAUGGGGCGAGGUCUUUUGAUAACAUACUCAGUGAGGGGUGGUCAACCCUGUUGAAGGAGUUGGGUGUUAAGAAUAAAUUGCAGUUCAUCGCGCCGGAACAGACAGGGCGGAUGCCCACCGAACCAGACAGCCGGACCGAUAUAUAUGCGCUGGGUGUUCUGUUUUGGACAAUGCUGGUUGGGAAGCCUGCCUUCACGGGAAGCGAUCCCGUCGAAGUCGUGCAGAACGUGCUAGGAAAGAAGUUGCCCCCAGUUUCGGCAAAGAGGAUGGAUGUCCCUGAUGCAGUCUCAGCUGUCAUCCAGAAGAUGACACAGAAGGCAGUUAACGAGCGCUACCAUACCAUCUCUUCUGUGAAGAGAGACUUGGCGCAGAUCUCCAAACUGCUGGGAGACGGCGAUAGCGAAGCGUUGAAGGACUUCCAAAUUGCCCAGCGUGAUGUGUCUUCAUUCUUUACGCUUCCGUCCCGCAUGUUUGGUCGGCGAGAGGAGUAUGAUAAAAUUAUCAGUGUGGUCGAUAAGGUGUACAAACGCCAGCAGAGUGCAUAUGCGAAAGCCACGGCGCAGCCCUCUAGCGGACUUGCCUCGAAUUCCUCGGUAUCAGACAGCCGCGUGGACAGCUUUGAGGUUGCGUCUGCCUCAAGUGAAUCCGGCUCGUUCAACCUUGCGUCUAAGUCCAACCCUCUCAACAGCGGUCAUCACAAUCUUGGUCGUGUUUCGACCCACGAAUCUCUUCACAGCACAGAAUCCUCUCUGUCGACGCAGAGGCCAGGACAUGGACCCAAACAAGCAAAGAGCCCUGUGGAUUCGCGAUCCUCCUGGGAGAACGUGGACCGAGAUAGCCACAUGUCGGCCAAUACCAGUACGCAUAGCGAUCCUCUGGGACCAAUGAGCAGACACAAACCCACACACAAGCUUCGCCGAGCGGGGAAGUGCGAGGUGAUCACAAUCAGCGGUGCCGCUGGGCUGGGGAAAACGGAUCUUUUGAACCGCGUCCAGCCAGCAAUCCGUAAGCUGGGUUAUAUCGCAAUAGCCCGGCUGGAUCGGGCCAGGAGAGUCCCUUUCGAACCGUUUGCAAAGAUCCUGGCAAGCCUUCUCCGUCAGAUAUUUUCCGAGCGUGAUGUCACGACGGAUUAUCAUAAUAACGUCCGCAUGGCCUUGCGGCCAAUGUGGCCUACGUUACACCGAGUGCUUGAACUACCUGAACAAUUGAUGUCCUCAGGAGGUGAUGACAAGCAAGUUUCGCCGAGACUCUCUGCUGCUCAGCAUAUAUUCAAGGACGUCUCUACCAAAGGGGAGCCGUCCAAGCGCAUUGCAAUUCCUCGCCUUGAUCAUGGUCAGAGUUCUGUGGACUUCUUCUUAUCAAAUGCCGCACUCAAGAACAUGCGUUUGACGGAGACAUUCCUUGAGAUCCUCAAGACGUUGUCUCAGUUCAAGCUGAUUUGCGUGUGUCUGGACGACUUACACUAUGCAGAUGACGAAACUCUUGAUUUGGUCAUGCAUAUCAUGAAAGCAAAAAUUCCAUGCGUGCUAAUGCUAACCAGCCGCAAGUCUGAAUUGCAAUCUGAGGCCAUCAAAUCACUGUUCGAUGAGGACAAUCCGGCCGUGACCAGUGUCGUUCUCAAGCCGCUUGGAGAGGAAGAGAUCAUGCAAAUAGUCGCAGCUACAAUGCACCAGGACCCUAACCCCGUGUUGACGCCCUUAGCUGCUGUCGUCCAGGAGAAGAGUGUGGGGAACCCAUUCUACGUGCGCAUGAUGCUAGAAACGUGCUACAGCAAAAACUGUAUCUGGUAUUCAUGGAAGAAUUCGGUGUGGGAGUUUGACCUGGACCGGAUCUUCACGGAGUUUGUGGCUCCUAGGUACGGAGAAGGCCUUGGGCUUGGGUUUAUCGCCAGGCGUUUGCAAGAGACUCCACCUGCUGCUCGCUCCAUAUUGGUCUGGGGCGCUCUGCUAGGAAGCCCAUUUUCGUUCUCGCUAGUGGAAAAACUGCUCACCAGCGAGUUCUUAUAUUCCAGCGAUGACGACGAGGCCGUGGACCUGACCUGUCCACAGAAUGCGAUUCUCGUGCGACAGUCGGAGGCCGAUGUAAUUGUUGGACUGCAGUAUCUUGUCCAAGUCAACUUCAUAAUCCCUGAUAAGACCGACGAUGAAUUCAGAUUCGCAAACGAUCGAAUUGCCCAGGCUGCUGCGUCGCUGAGCGAGGGCCGCAACAUUGAAAAGAUGCAUUUUAUCAUAUCGCAAGCUAUCAUGAAGUAUUACCAUGAUAGCCGUAGUCGCUAUGCGAUGGCUCGCCAUGUGGCUCUGGCAUCUCGAAUCAUCAAGAACCGCGUGUCUCAGCGACUCGACUAUAGGAAGAUCCUCUGGGAUACCGCACAGACUGCGGCUCAAUCGGGGGCCCGACCAACCGCUCUCUGGUACUUCCGCCACUGCAUUGCUCUCCUCCAAGAUGAUCCUUGGGAUGACAACAACGCCGAUGUGUACUAUGACGAAACAUUACGGCUACAUAUUGCAGCAGCCGAGAUGGCAUGGUCUCAAGGUCAUAACACGGAAGCCUUGGAAUUACUUGAUCGAGUCUUUGAACACGGGAAGAGCGCUGUGUGCAAGUCGAGGGCUUGGAUUGUGAAAGCCAAGAUCUAUGCUCAGAUGGGCAAUCAUUUGCGGUCGAUGGACUCUCUUCUGACAUGCUUGGAAGAACUGGGUGUUCAUUUGCGUGAAUUCGCGACCUACGACGAGUGUGAUGCCGCCUACCGCAACCUUCGGGACUAUCUCGAGAAGGCUGACCUGGAAGCCAUCGUUCGUCGGCCCGUCAGCAAGGAUAUCAACAUGAUCACGAUUGGAGCGGUCAUGGCUGAGGCAAUGGCAGUUACGUAUUGGGACGAUGCGUUGACUUUCUAUCGCAUGGCUAUUGAGAUGAUCAACCUCCAUCUCUUCAAAGGUGGUUUUGUCCAGAUUUCAAUUGGCUGUUCUCACCUUGCCAUGAUCUCUUUUAGUCGCUUCCGGGACUUGGAGCUUGCGGUCAAACUUAGCGACCACGCUCUUAAUUUGCUUGAGCGCUGUCCAGAGCCGUGGACUCAGAGUCGAGGUUCUAUUGUCCACAACCUCUAUGUUAGCCACUUGCGGGUCCCAUUGACGUCAACGCUCCCAGCUCUUGAAGCUUCAGUGGAAGCUUCUUUUUCUAUGGGAGACCCUUACAUCACUCUGGUCAGUCUCUCGUCGAUGGCGAUGACAAGGCUCUUUUUGGGACAUGACAUGGCCCAACUGGAAGCGUUUUGCAACGAGAGUCCAGAGGACAUUCCCGAAUGGACAAAUGAUACCCGUGGAGGCGCCACUCUUUUGUCAGUUAGACAAGUUGCGCGGGCCCUGCAAGGGAAAACCUCGGUUGGGGAUGCUGAAACGGCUCUUAGUGAUGAGCAUCAUAACACGCAAGAGUAUAUCGCUUUCUUGGAGCACAAUGCAAGUAACGCCGACCGCCCUCGGGACAUAUACUAUGGCUUGGCCAUGAUCCCGCUGUUUGUUUACGGUCACCAUGAGAAGGCAGUGCAACUGGGUAUCGAAAUGAUGGAGACGAUACCAAGAUUGUGGUCAGCUCGUGUUGGCUAUGUGGUCUACUUCUACCUGGCUUUAUCUCUCUUGACACUCCAUAAUGACUAUCCUGCCCGUGGAUACCUUGAUGGGAACCUUAAAACGGUCUUGAAAUACAAGUCCGAGGUUGAUUUCGCCCGCAGUGCCUGCGACGCAAACUAUGGCAUGUGGUCAUUGAUCCUAGAAGCCUUGGUUUCUGAGGUUCGGAACGACCAUACGUCCGCCAUUCAAGCUUUUGAGGCUGCGAUCGAUCAUUGUCAAAUUCACGGUUGGCCUCUGGAGGAGGCGCUUGCCUUGGAACUGCAUGGUGAAUUCCUAAUCCGACGUGGCGCAAAGAGAGCGGCUCGUUCCGUCAUGCAGGACGCAAUUGCAGCGUGGGCCGCCAUAAGCGCUGUAGGCAAGUCCCAACAGCUGACCGAAAAACAUGAGUGGCUAUUGAAAACCGCCACCACCUCGCGGACUGUGGAUGCAGGAUGCCAGACCGUUGAUUCACUUCUGGGUAUUAAUCGCAGCACUGAACCAGAGCAUAUGGGCGUGGCUCAGGACAUGGAGGAAGAAGAUAGAAAGCAACGUUGGAUCGAGCAGAAUGGUGUGGCGACCGGCGAGCGCUCGCUGGACAUCUCUGGCGUCGGACUGGAUAUCAUCGAUUUGUCUAGCAUACUCGAGUCCAGCCAAGUCAUGUCGUCUGAGCUUCAGAUUGACAAGCUGCUGGCGAAGAUGAUCGAGAUUGUUUUGGAAUCUUGUAACGGAUCCGAUUUUGCUGUCAUCGCCACCAAUUUCGACAAUAACUUCACUGUUGCUGCUGCUGGUGACUUGGAAAAGGGACAACGAUCUUUUGUCGAUGGUCUCCCCUUCUCCGAAAUUGGCGACAAAAUGGCACAGCAGAUCUCGCACUAUGUCAUGCGCACCAGGGAAGAAGUCCUUGUCCACAAUGUUCUCGAAGAUGAGCGCUUUUCCAAUGUCAAUGAAGCCUAUCAGAACAGAUACCCGCUCGGGCGAUCGGUGAUUGCGUUGCCUAUCAUGCAAGGAGAACAUCUUCUUGGUGUCAUUCAUAUCGAAGGAAAGCCCAAUUCAUUUACCCAGCGAAAUCUUGUUGUGCUCCAUUUGCUCUGCAACCAGAUCGGUAUCUCGCUGUCCAACGCACUCCUCUUCCGCGAAGUUCGCAAAGUCAGUGCGACCAAUGCUUCCAUGGUCGAGGCGCAGAAGCGUGCUCUUGCGCAGGCCCGUGAAGCAGAACAGAAGGCCAAGGUGGCAGAGGCGGAGGCUAAACACAACGUCAAAUUGAAGGAAGACGCCGCCAAGGCGAAGUCUAUCUUCUUGGCCAAUAUCUCUCAUGAUCUGCGAACUCCGAUGAAUGGAGUGAUUGGCUUGUCGGAGCUCCUCAAGGGCACCAAACUGAACAGGGAGCAAGAUGAAUACGUCGAGUCAAUACGUGUCUGUGCCGACACAUUGCUCACUCUCAUCAACGAUAUCCUGGACUUCUCGAAGCUGGAGGCCGGCAAGAUGAAGAUUUCGACGGUGCCUCUGAAUAUCAAGGAGACCAUUUCAGAAGUUGUUCGGGCGCUUCGCUACACGCACCGAGACCGCGGACUGGAGACGAUUGAAGAUCUGGACAAAGUUCCACCGGAUCUUGUGGUAUUUGGAGAUCCCGUUCGCUUGCAUCAGAUCUUCAUGAACCUCCUGAGCAACAGUUACAAAUUCACGCCGAAGGGAUCGGUGACUGUCGCAGCAAGAGUUACGCGGGAAGGCAAGGGCCGCGUGCGCUUGGAGUGUGCGGUCACUGAUACGGGAAUUGGGAUCCCCGAAGAGCAGAAAUCGCGGCUCUUCCGACCAUUCUCUCAGGCUGAUAGCUCGACUGCCAGAUCAUAUGGAGGCAGUGGUCUCGGACUGAGCAUUUGUAAGGCGAUUAUCGAAGACGUCCUUGGGGGCGCCAUUUGGCUAGAUUCGACUCCCGGCAAGGGAACCACCGUGACUUUCCAUCUGUCUUUCAACAAAGUCAAAGACCCGGCGGCCAAGGCACCUUGGGCGAAGAAAGGAGACAAAGAUAAAAACAAGACUACCCCGGUUCCCACGGCCCGCGAUUUGACAAUGAUCCCGCGCGAUCAGAUUCGGGUGUGCAUCGCCGAGGAUAACCCGAUCAACCAGAAGAUUGCCGUCAAGUUUGUGACCGGACUGAACCUGCAAUGUGAGGCGUACAGUGACGGGCGUCAGGCCGUCGAAGCACUACGGACACGAUCCCGCGAAGGGAACCCUUUCCACGUCGUCCUCAUGGAUGUGCAGAUGCCUACUCUUGACGGGUACAACGCAACACGGGAAAUUCGUCGGGACCCUGAUCCCAACGUCAACGAAGUUCUUGUCAUUGCCAUGACUGCCAGCGCCAUCGAGGGUGACCGGGAGAAGUGCUUGGAUGCCGGCAUGAACAACUACCUUCCUAAGCCGGUUCGGUCCACUGUGCUUAGCGAUAUGCUAGACCAAUAUCUUGCACCCGUGCCUACCUACACCAAGACUCGAUUGGCUAUCCGGGACCGCGGGAGUAUCAGCAAUGAAAGUAGCACGCCGAAUAGUUCAUCAUCUGGCUCGGACAAUCAGGUCAUCGCGCUCACGCCCGAUGAGAAGAAGCCAGAGCAAAAAGAAGACUCCAACACACAAUAG